AUGUCGGUGAUGCUCACGAAGUUCGAAUCGAAGAGCAAUCGCGUCAAGGGGCUGGCGUUUCACCCAACGCAACCUUUGCUUGCUGCUGCUCUUCAUAAUGGCAGUAUUCAGCUUUGGAACUAUCGAAUGGGCGUGCUUGUCGACCGUUUUGAAGAGCACGAAGGGCCCGUUCGAGGUGUAAACUUUCAUCCCAGUCGCGCCCUGCUGGCUACCGGUGGCGACGACUACAAAAUCAAAGUCUGGGACAUACGGCCUCAAAACCGUCGUUGUCUCUUCACUCUCCAUGGCCACCUUGACUUCGUACGGACUGUCCAAUUCCACCACGAAAUGCCAUGGAUUAUCUCUGCUUCUGACGACCAGACAAUCCGCAUAUGGAACAGCACCUCCAGAAACUGCAUUGCAAUCCUCACUGGUCACUCUCACUAUGUUAUGUCUGCCUAUUUCCAUCCGAAAGACGACCUGGUUGUUUCUGCUUCUGUUGACCAGACUGUUCGCGUGUGGGACAUCUCGGGCCUUCGUAAAGGCUCUCCGAAUACCAGCACAGGCCCCGGAAACUUCGAGUCCUUUGAUACAUUCUCGACCGUCAAAUAUAUACUUGAAGGUCACGACCGUGGUGUCAACUAUGCCAUGUUCCACCCCACUCUCCCCCUCAUCGUUUCCGCUGCCGACGAUCGCACCAUUAAAAUCUGGCGGAUGAGCGAGACCAAAGCAUGGGAGGUCGAUUCCUGCCGUGGCCAUUUCAACAACGUUUCGACGGCUCUUUUCCACCCUAAACAUGAACUCAUCGUUUCUUGCGGUGAAGACAAAACCGUCCGUGUUUGGGACCUCGCAAAACGCACCGCUAUUCAAACAUUCCGUCGCGAAAAUGAUCGUUUCUGGGUUCUUGCCUCCCAUCCGAACCUCAACCUCUUUGCUGCGGGCCACGACAGUGGACUUAUUGUUUUUAAGCUAGAGCGCGAACGACCUGCAUUUGCGGUGCACCAGGACUCUUUAUACUACAUCCGGGACAAAUAUGUCCGAUCAUACGAUUUCAAUACUGGUGCCGACCUUGGACUGCUUUCUGUGCGCAAAUUUGGAAGCGUUUACGUGCCUCCCCGAACACUAAGCUUCAAUCCCGCGGAGCGAGCUGUUCUCGUCACUAUCUCCUCCGACAACGGAUUAUAUGAGCUCACGAGUUUGCCGCAACAGGCCCAGGGUGAAAUGAAGGAUUCGAGUGUGGAUGGGAAGCGUGGUGCUGGUCAAAGUGCCAUAUUUGUCUCAAGAAAUCGAUUUGCAGUCCUGCAAAAGGCAACUCAGUUCAUCGAAAUUGGUGAUUUGGCCAAUACCGUCGUCAAAAAGAUCAAGCCGCCUGUCCAAACCAACGAAAUCUUCUAUGGUGGCACUGCUAGCCUCAUCUUGAGUUCAACCUCGACUGUUGUUCUCUAUGACAUCCAACAACAGAAAACGCUUGCGGAAAUCAACUCACCCCCCGUCAAAUAUGUUGUAUGGAGCAAUGAUGGGUCUCUGGUAGCUCUCAUGAGCAAGCAUACUAUUACGAUUGCCAACAGAACCUUCACAGAGCAUAGUCUUAUUCACGAAACUAUCCGAAUCAAAUCCGGUGCUUGGGACGAUUCUGGUGUCUUCAUCUAUUCGACCUUGAACCAUAUCAAAUAUUGUCUUCCUCAAGGCGACCACGGCGUGAUUUGCACAUUGGAUAAUCCUGUUUAUCUUACCCGGGUCAAGGGCAAGACCGUUCAUUGUCUUGACCGCUCAGGACGUCCGAGAACCAUCACCUUUGAUCCGACAGAGUAUCGGUUCAAACUCGCCCUGCUGAAGAACAAUUAUGAAGAAAUGCUUUACAUCAUUCGCACCUCCACGCUUUUGGGUCAAAGAUUCCCUGAGAUUGCCCUGCAUUUCGUUCAGGACACGAACACACGCUUUGAGCUUGCACUCGAAUGUGGUAACCUUGAUGUGGCUAUGGAGACCGCGAAGACCAUCGACCGACCGGAAUGUUGGGACCGUCUUGCUCAACAAGCCCUGAAACAAGGCAACCACAAGAUUGUCGAAAAAGCAUACCAGCAGACCAAGAAUUUCGACAAGUUGUCGUUCCUCUACCUCGCCACAGGCAGCACGGACAAAUUAGCGAAGAUGCAAAAGAUUGCUGAUGCUAGAGGCGACCCAAUGUCUCGCUUCCACAAUGCGCUAUAUGCGGGUGAUAUUGAAGGACGGAUAGCUAUUUUGCGUGAAGUCGGUCUGAAUCCUUUGGCAUAUUUGACUGCGAAGACAAGCGGGCUCGACGACCUGGCUCUCCAAAUUCUUGAAACCGUGGGCAUGACAGAAGCCGAUGUUGAUGAUGUUCCUGCCUUCGGGACUUCAAUACUCAAGCCCCCACCCGUGAUCAACUCUACUGCUGACCAGAACUGGCCUGUUGUUUCGACUGGACAAAACUUCUUUGAUCAAGCGUUGGCCAAUGGUAGUCUUGAGACUGGUAUCGAGCCUGCAUAUGUCAAUGGUGAUGCUGCUGCUGGUGCUUCAUCUGCACUCGACGCGUGGGCGAAAGACGAGGAAGUGCAAGACGAUCUUGACCCUGAAGAAGGAGGAUGGGAACUUGAUGCCGAUGCCGGAGCGGCGCAGGUGACGGAGGAGGUCGAGGAGGAUGCUACCCCAGAUGAAGACUUGCCAGGUUCAACGCCAGGUAUCAGCGAGACAGAGCAUUGGGUCCGUAACUCCCCUCUAGCGCCUGAUCACGUGGCGGCGGGAUCGUUUGAGACUGCGAUGCAGCUCCUCAAUCGCCAACUCGGCAUAGUCAACUUUGUGGAUCUCAAGCCGCUCUUCUUGUCGACUUAUCGCUCGUCCCAUACAUACCUGACACCUGUUGCAUCCUUACCGCCUCUUCAGCUUCACAUCCGACGCAAUCCGACAGAAACAUCGAUGUCUCGUACUCUUCCAGUUGUCGUGCGGUCAUUAGCCUCUGUCCGCACUGAACUCGGGGAAGGUUUCCGGUUGGUCACUGGCAAUAAAUUGGCCGAGGCGCGAGACGUGUUCCGCUCUGUGCUUCGUAGCCUUUUGUUGGUCCCUCUUGCAUCUGAUGAUGAAGCUCGAACAUGGCGUGAACUUGUUACCACCAGCCGCGAGUAUCUGCUAGGUGUCUCAAUCGAACUCGAACGAAGGCGGGUCGCAGAGGAGGAACCGGACAACGUCAGUCGAAAUCUCGAGCUGGCCGCCUAUUUCACGGAGUGCAAACUGCAACCGCCUCAAGUGUUGCUUGCGUUACGAAGCGCUAUUACCGUUUUCAGCAAGGCCAACAACCAAUUUGACGCUGCGAGAUAUGCGAGACGUUUGCUUGCCCUCAACCCAGAUGCCAAAGUUGUUGCCAUGGCAAGUUUUUUUUUUGCCCGACAACGCAUAGCUGCGGGAGAGCGAAACCCAAGGAAUGCGGUAGAGCUCUCGUUUGAUCCUUACACACCAUUCGAGAUUUGCGGGGCGACAUUUACUCCGGUUUACAAGGGCUCUCCGGCGGCGUACUGCCCUUACACCAACCAAGCUUACUUGCCGGAAUUCAAGGGCAAGCUGGAUCCGUUGACGCAGCUUUCGGAGAUUGGGGCAGCUGCGUCUGGGCUCCCCGCACCGUGGUGA